AUGAUGGCCCGCCGGGCCUGGUCUUUGCUGCCAGCCCAGCCGGACAGUGGCCACCUGGGCCUGCUCCUGAGACUGCCAGCCCUGCUCCUCCCUCGCUGCCCCAAGGUCUCCCCAGAGAAAAGCCAUGCUGCAGGCUUGGAGCUGGCUUUCGUGUGGGAGCUGGGAGACGUGGCGGCUGUGAGGGAGCACCCACUGGUGCUGCCCUGUCAGGUGGGCGGUGAGCCGCCUGUGUCCAUUUCCUGGCAGUGGGAUGGACCAACCCUGGCCAAUGACAGCAGUGCCAUCCUGAUGCUGCAUGGCUCCCUGCAUCUGGCCACCCUGACCACCCGCUGGAGCCUCUCUUCCCAUGCCCAUGAGUACCACUGGGUGGCCCAGAACUGCUACGGGCGGCCGGUGAGCCGGAGGGCCCGGAUACGUCUGCCCCUCUUCCACCAACAUCCACAGUCCACCGAGGUGGAGCGGGGUGGAGUUGCCCAUUUCCGCCUGACCCAGAUGGUGCCUGAGCCUUCCAUUUCCUAGGAGCACAAUGGCACGGCCCUGAGUACGGCCAGCCCCUGUGAGCUCCGGGUCACACUGAUACCUGGUGACAUCCUCUACAUCACUAGCAUAAGCCAGGCUGAUGUGGGCACCUACCACUGCGUGGCACGCAAUGUGGCCGAUACUUGGCACAGACAGGAUGCCCAGCUGACCCUGAGUGGCACAGUGGGAUCCUCACGGCUGCUCCAGGAGCCUGAGAUCCUGUCGGGGCCUCAGAACCUCACACUCACAGUGCACCAAACGGCGGUGCUGGAGUGCAUUGCCACUGGCCACCGAAGGCCACUUGUCUCCUGCAUCCGCCUGGGUACACAGCUGCUCUGUGUGGAGGGCAUCCAAGUCCCGGGCACUGGAACCAUGAUCUCCGACAUGUCAGUCCAGCACUCAGGCAUCUAUGUCUGUGCUGCCAACCAGCCAGGCACCUGUGCUCGGCACACAGUGCAGGGAGUUCUGCUCGUGCAGCUCCCCUCCAAGUCUGUCCAGUGGCCACAGUCCUUGUCCAAACCUCCAGGCAGCAGCAACAUCUGCACCCACGUGGCCCAGGGUGUCCCUGAGCCCCAUCUGGUCUGGUUAAAGAAUGGGAAGGCGCUGAGUCCUGGGGACAACAUUCGGCUGACCUACAACAGCAGCACAUGGACACCGGCAGGGGUCUCAGUCAAGGACGAGGCCAUCCACCCAUGUGUGGCAGAGAACACUGCAGGCUCCAACCAGGCCGUGUCCUGGGAACUGCCCCCCUCCGACAGGGACAUCACUGGCUACGUGCUGCACCUUCAGCUGGUGGGAGGUGGAUAUGGGUGGGUGAACAGGGGUCCCUGGUUCCAGCCCACCUAUACCUCAUCCAAAGCUGGGUGCCCGUGCAGUCAGGGCGAGAGCAGCUCACCGCCUGGGCUUGUGGUGGGCAUCCACGUGGGCCUGGCUGCUCCCACUGACUCCUCCUGGACUGGAAACAUAGCCUCUUCUGCAGUCAGCAGUCCCGAGUGCGGGGAAGUGCUUCAGGCUGCCCCGAACAGAGCUGGGGGCCGCCGAGGCCAGACUCUGAGUGGAGAGAAGCCGGGGGAGAAGAUCGAACUCAUCCCGCAGAAAAUGAUGCUAGUACCAAUGGUGAGACUCCAGUAA